CCCUUCCAUGUCUCUGGCUUAAGACCAAAGAAAACCUCACUCCGAUCGUUCGUGCUGUAAGAACACGAAGAAGAAGAAGCGAAAGGGAGAUCAACGAGAUGAGCAGCAUUGGAACAGGGUACGAUCUCUCCGUCACGACCUUCUCCCCCGAUGGCCGUGUCUUCCAGAUCGAGUACGCCGCCAAAGCCGUCGACAACAGUGGAACUGUUGUUGGGAUCAAGUGCAAGGACGGAAUUGUCAUGGGUGUGGAGAAGCUUAUCGCAUCAAAGAUGAUGCUACCGGGUUCCAACCGGAGAAUCCAUUCGUGUCAUCGUCAUGCGGGCAUGGCUGUUGCUGGAUUAGCAGCUGAUGGAAGGCAAAUUGUCACACGGGCUAAAUCUGAGGCAAUGAAUUAUGAGAGUGUCUAUGGCGAAGCCAUACCUGUGAAGGAACUUUCUGAACGAGUUGCAAGUUACGUACAUUUGUGCACCCUAUAUUGGUGGCUCAGGCCCUUUGGCUGUGGGGUUAUUCUCGGAGGUUAUGAUAGAGACGGACCACAAUUGUACAUGAUUGAGCCGUCAGGCAUCUCACAUAGAUAUUUCGGUGCGGCAAUCGGGAAGGGAAAGCAGGCUGCUAAAACGGAAAUAGAGAAAUUAAAACUUUCUGAGAUGACUUGCCGAGAGGGAGUUAUUGAGGUGGCCAAGAUAAUCUACAAGCUACAUGAUGAAGCCAAGGACAAAGCCUUUGAAUUGGAGAUGAGCUGGAUCUGUGAUGAGUCGAAAAGAGAUCAUCAGAAGGUUCCUGAUGAUCUCCUAGAGGAAGCCAAGACUGCAGCAAAGACUGCACUUGAAGAGAUGGACGCUGACUAAAAUUGAGGUUAUGUUUGAUUAGUUAAAAAAAUGUUUUAUUUUUUAAACUUUGAUUGUCUCUCUCGGGUGAUGGAUGUUGUCAUAGAUAAUUGUUGAACUGUGUCUUAAGCUUUGUGGACCAUCAUCCUCUUGUUAUGCCCUCCCUUUCUGGUUGUGUGGCAAAAUAACCUCUUUUAAAGAAUGAUUGCUUCUUUUUC